AGUUCAGUGUUGAUCGUGGUGUUGAUUUUAACGGAAGUGUGUUCUGAGUGUGAAUUCCAUUAUUCAUUAAUAUUUUAAACACGAGAAACCUACAUACCCGAACAUAAGCAGAAUUGACUAGUGAAAGUUGUUGGCGCGCAGCAUAAAUUAAAAAAAAAUGAAUUCUUGUGCUAAAUUUGGUAGACUUUUUAAUGGUGUCACCUCUACAUUAUUGAAAACAAACUUAAAAAGGUUUCCACACACACCAACAUACUAUAGAAUGAGUACAAAUGCAUCAAUAUCAGAAUAUAAACGGGAGAUGGAGACAUUUCAAGAUGUGUAUCCAACAGUUAUUGAAGCUGUGAGCAAAAAUUAUGGCCUUGUACAAAAUCCUGAAGUUACCACAUGGUUGAAACGGGUCUUAGAAUACAAUCUACGCGGGGGCAAAAAGGCACGAGGCUUAUCGACGAUAUUUGCAUAUGAAACGUUAGAACGACCUGAAAAUAUAACGGAGGAAUCCUUGAGACUAAUAAGAGUACUCGGAUGGUGUGUAGAAAUGCUGCAAGCGUAUUUCUUGAUAAUGGACGAUAUAAUGGACAGCUCGUCUACACGAAGGGGGUAUCCAUGCUGGUACAAAUUGCCGGACGUUGGUAUGGGCGCUGUUAACGACUGCAAUCUCGUACAAUCCGCUAUGUAUGAAAUACUUAAAGUGUAUUGUGGUAAACUGCCCACUUAUAAGGAUAUCGUGCAUUUGUUUAACGAGACGUUAUUCAACACGGCUAUCGGCCAACACCUGGACUUCACAAUGGGCAAUAGAAGCAAAUCUGACUAUAGUCUAUUCACAAGAGAACGUUAUGCCGCCAUCGUCAAAUAUAAAACAGCGUUCUAUACCUUCAAGUUGCCAGUUUUCUUGGGAAUGCUAUUGAUGAAUAAUAUGACCCAAGACACGUUUGACAGAGCUGAAAAAAUUUGCUUGGAUCUGGGGCAUCUGUUUCAAAUGCAAGACGACUUCCUGGACUGCUACAGCCCCGAGCACAUACUAGGUAAGAAGGGUACAGAUAUACAGGAGGGUAAAUGUUCCUGGCUGGCCGUUGAAGCGCUGCAGCGCUUGACACCGGCGCAGAAGAAAGUGUUCGUAGCUUGCUAUAGCAGCCACGAACCAGCGCACAUCGAGCGCAUCAAGCGGCUUUACGAGGAACUAGGGUUACCUGAACACUACAGAACCGAAGAACGACAGAGAUACGACGCCAUCUUGAAAAUGACGCAACAGCUACCGUCCGACUCGGGCGCCAUGCCCGAAUUGUUUAUGAAACUAUUGGCCAUGCUGCAUGAUAGAAAGAAAUAAAGUUUUUUUUAUGCGUAUUAAGAAGUGUAUGAAGCUAUUUGGUAAUUAGUUGUAGUUAUGCGAAAUAUGUGCGUAUUUUUUUAUCUUGAUGUCAAAGUUUAAGGAAUUGGUGUUUUUGGUUAGGAUAUUGAAAUGUAGAAAGACGUUAUCGAUGUUUUUAUAUAUGGUAUUGUGGAAGCUGAAAUGUUCUUCCAUAUAUCAGAUAUAUCAUAAAUAUAGAUAUAUCAGAAAGUGUCAUUCAAUUUUAGCAUAGAUAUAAAUGUUUUUAUCAUAUUUUCUAUAAAAGAGUCUCGAUUGCCUGGUUAAUUUUAUACAGAAACAGUAUUGUCUGAGGUGUCAAUGUCUAUGCGAAUCUUAUCCAUCCAUAAUUUUGAUAAGAAGUUUGUAAAGUUUGGUAAAUCAUUAUAUUUAAGAAUUUACAUUAAUUGUUGAAGUUUGUAUGGUUUGUUACUUCCAUAUGCUUUAAAGCCAAAGUUCUUUCAUUUCCUUUACCAGGCAAUCGAAGACUUACUGAAUACCAAAAUAAUAUAAAGACGUAAAAAAUAUUGAUUUAUAUAAAUAAUCUACCUUUAUUUAAUUGACAUAUUUUCAUCUAUUUUUGUAAUAAUAUUUUGGUUUGACAAAUAAUUAUAAAAAAAUUAUGCUAGUCUGUCACAUACAUUUUAAGCAUUUUAUUAACGUUUAACUGGGCAUUUAUUAGUCAAAAUUUAUUUUUUGGGUGUAUAUUAACAAUUUUUUAUUUAAAUGUCGAAUUUUAGUAAUUCAGGUAUGAAUAAAACGCGCUGUAUAUAAGUUUAUUUACCAGAAUAUUAUCCAUUGACCUCUUUCUAUUUUUGACCUAUGUAAACAUUUUUUUUCAUUACGGUCGUAGGCACGUAAAGGGUUAAAUAAUAAGUAUUGUUCAUAUGAAAGAAAUUUUUGUUGUUUUUUUAUUAUUAAAAUUCGGCACGUGCAGGUUUUUUAGACAUUUUCCUGAUUUUACCUAUUUGACUGAGUUUUUAAAUACAUAUAGAUAAUGGAAAGUUGUAAUUUGUUGCGGGGUCAAAGAUAAGUAAUUUCUUGCAUAUUUCUGUGGGUAUUUCUAUAAUAUCUGUUUAGUGUAGAAAAUGCAAUCUUGCACUAGAUAUUUAACGAACUUUUAAUAUUUUUUUGGCAGUUUUUAAUUAAGAUAAACAAACAACCGUUUGUUUAAUGUUUACUUAUAUACUGACCUCGAUAAAAAAUGUCGCCCGUAGUAUGUAAAUAAAAAGUAGCUUGUGUUAUUCCAUUUUG